CAGAGGAAUAAUGCAAAUAGGUUUUAUCUAAAUCAUAUUAGACAUUUCUCCAUGGACUAUUUCAAUGCCUCUGGAUGAUCUAUAAAAGGCCUGAGAAUGUCUCCUUCAUCUUCAUCUCCAAGCUCGAUCUCAGCUUUCUUGGCUAGCACUCAACAAAUCAAACGAGCUAAGAAAGGACAUAGAGAUGGCGAGCAAGAACCUUCUGGCCCUUGUGGUUCUUCUUAGCGUCCUUGGAGUUUCUGUUGCCUAUCCAAAGUUGAUCCCUACCCUCGACUACUACCAGUCUAAGUGUCCCGACGCAGAGCGCAUUGUUCGUCGUGUCACAGAACAAUAUGUUUCUCGGAAGCCAAGCCUUGCCGCUUCGCUUCUAAGGAUGCAUUUUCAUGAUUGUUUCGUCAGAGGAUGUGAUGGUUCCGUUCUUCUGAAAACUCCAAAGAAUGAUGCGGAAAGAAACGCUAUCCCCAACCUGACCCUGAGAGGCUUUGAAGUGGUGGAUGCGGCCAAGACAGCGCUCGAGAAGAAGUGUCCCAAUCUCGUUUCUUGCGCUGAUGUUCUUGCCUUGGUCGCCAGAGAUGCCGUCGCAGUGAUCAAGGGACCAUGGUGGCCGGUUCCAUUGGGCCGCAGGGAUGGACGCAUCUCAAAAUUGACAGAUGCAUUGCAAAAUUUACCAUCUCCUUUCGCCGACAUAAAGACGCUGAAGAAGAACUUUGCGGACAAGGGUCUUAACGCUAAAGACCUUGUCGUUCUCUCAGGGGGUCACACCAUUGGAAUCUCCAGUUGCGCUCUCGUCAACACACGUAUCUACAACUUCACAGGAAAGGGCGAUUUUGACCCAUCCAUGAACCCUAGCUACGUGAGGGCGUUGAAGAAGAAGUGCAGCCCUACAGAUUUCAAAUCCGUACUGGAAAUGGACCCAGGCAGUGCCAAGAAAUUCGACCCUCACUACUUCACUGCCGUGGCUCAGAAGAAAGGUCUCUUCAUAUCUGACUCUACCCUUCUCGAUGACCUUGAGACCAAACUCUACGUCCAGACCGCUAACGAGGUUACUUUCAAUAAAGAUUUCUCCGAUUCCAUGGUCAAACUUGGUAAAGUCCAAAUUCUUACCGGGAAAAAUGGUGAGAUCAGGAAGAGAUGCGCCUUCCCUAACUGAGUAUCUAUCUAAAAAAAACUGAUGUUUAUUUGAAUGAUUUAAUCCUGCAGUAUGCAAUCCUUUGUUUUUGUACGUUAUUCCGUUUGCUCCAAGUCUGUUUUCAGACAGAGUUUUCAAUUUUCCUUUGUAUGAUGUUGUUCGGAUGUCUCAUAAAAGUCAACAGACUAUAUAUCUUUUGCACUUAA